CAUCUUCUCUCCAAGCUUAGAAGAAGAGAGACCCGAAGAGAAAGGAAGGGCAAAAAAAGGAAAAGAAAAAAGAAGGGGUUCGAGCUCGAGAGCAAUGGCUGCGUCUCUUCAAGCUGUGGCUACGCUCAUGCAGCCGACUAAGGUCGGCAUCUCCUCUAAGAGUAGCUUGCAGCUGAGAUCCUCCCCACAGCUUUCUAAGGCCUUUGGCUACGACUGCGCUGGCGCUAGACUGACUUGCUCGCUCCAAGCCGACCUGAAAGACCUAGCUCAGAAGUGCGCCGACGCCACCAAGAUCGCCGGCUUCGCGCUCGCCACAUCUGCUCUCGUCGCUGCGGGAGCCAGUGCUGAGGGAAUACCGAAACGCCUGACCUACGAUGAGAUACAGAGCAAGACGUACAUGGAAGUGAAGGGGACCGGCACGGCGAACCAGUGCCCAACGAUUGACGGUGGGAUCGAGAAAUUCGCUUUCAAGGCCGGCAAAUACAACUUGAAGAAGUUCUGCCUCGAGCCUACGUCCUUCACCGUCAAGGCCGAAAGCAUCAACAAGAACUCACCACCCGAGUUCCAGAACACCAAGCUCAUGACCCGUCUCACCUACACCCUCGACGAGAUCGAGGGUCCAUUUGAGGUCUCCCCAGACGGCACUGUCAAGUUUGAGGAGAAAGACGGAAUCGACUACGCUGCUGUCACCGUCCAGCUCCCCGGAGGUGAGCGAGUCCCAUUCCUCUUCACCAUCAAACAGCUAGUAGCAUCUGGUAAGCCCGAGAGCUUCAGCGGCCAGUUCCUUGUGCCGUCUUACCGAGGCUCGUCUUUCUUGGACCCUAAGGGACGGGGCGGAUCCACUGGCUACGAUAAUGCAGUGGCGUUGCCGGCUGGAGGGAGAGGAGAUGAGGAGGAGCUGAAAAAGGAGAACAUAAAGGAAACAUCGUCAUCUACCGGGAAGAUCACGCUCAGCGUCACGAAGAGCAAGCCGGAUUCUGGGGAGGUGAUUGGGGUGUUUGAGAGCAUCCAGCCAUCUGAUACCGAUUUGGGAGCGAAGACUCCUAAGGAUGUUAAGAUCCAAGGGAUCUGGUACGCGCAGCUUGAGUCUUAGGUGUUGUUGUAUAUUUGAUGUUUGGGGUUUUGUUUAAUGACUCUGUUUAUGGCAUAUAAGGAAGGUAUUUGUCGCA